UUCCUUCCACCGUGUUCCCAAAACCCCGAAUCUGCAGACUAAAACCCUAAAUCGUAAUCAAAGAGAAAUUGAGACCAAAAAGAACAACAUUUUCGAGAAUGCAUCGCUCUUCGCGAAUCAUAAGCAGCAAAUUCUGCAACAAAAACUUGAACUUCCCGUCGUCUUUCUUCGGCUACCGUUACGGUGACCGCAACCUCGCUCCGUCGUUCCACCGCCCGAUCUCCUCCACGACGCACCUGGAUAACUCAUGGAUGAACAAGAUCAAAGGGGUCUUCACCGGCAACAAGACCUCUCCGGAAGAUGCAAAGUCCAGCUCCGAUUCGUUCACGCUGCUUCGAUUUGCGGAUGAGAUGAAGAAUGCUAGAAGAAUCGGGGCGUUCAAGCAAUACAUUGUGGGGAGAAGCAGUGAAGCUACUUUUGCCGAUGCUUUCGAGAAGCAGGAAGCGAUUAUUCGCUAUCUCGGAGGAUUUGAUUCCACUGGAGAGAAUCUCCAAGUUGCUCAAAAACAAGAAGCAGCAAAGCAUUGUAAAUGCACGAUUGCUGAUGUUGAGAAUGCUCUUGCAAAAUUCACGUGGGCUAGAGAAGCACAAAAGAAGAUGGAGAAUUUAAAGAAAGAAGGGAAACCAAUGCCAAAGAACAUUAACGAGGUGCAAAAAUUGAUGGGUUCAACGCCAUUUGACCUUGCCAAGUCUAAUUUGGCUAAGAGUGGGCAAAUCAGUAGGAAUGCGCUCUGUCCCUGUGGCUCCAAGAAGAGAUACAAACGGUGUUGCGGCAAGGAUUGAUGCAUUCCAAGGAUAAAAGAGCAAGGAAAGCCUUUGCUUCCGUCAUGAGUAUGGAGAGAUGCCGAGAGCUCGAAGAAUCAAUUUUGCAGUUUUGGAGCCUCUGAUUAAUUUUGGUUAGGGUUUAGCCUUCUUGAUGUUCCUUUUCUGCUUGAUCAGACCAGAUCGUCUCGACAUUUGUUUAUACAAAUAAUAAAUUGUAGUUUGAAAGAACGGAGGCAGAUGAAAUUUGAUUAGAAAAUGCGUGGAAGUGUAAUUUUUUCUACUCUUGGGCACUUGCCAUUGUCAGUAGCUCGGCUUUGUUAUAUUAUUCAAGACUUUUCAGUACACUGGUCAUUUUAUUUGGUUUA